AUGGAGUCCGUAGUUUUUGAGAAUUCGCCGCUGGCUGAUUACCUGGAAGGUGAAGGUCAGAAUGAGGGAAAUUGGCCCGUGAUUGAGACGACGCACAGUGAGAAUGACUCGGUCGGCCCCUCUUCGAAUUUCGCCCCCCGGGGGGCCUCUCGUUUCCAAGAGCGCGUUCGCAACAAACUUCCGAAGCCUCUCGAUAUCCAAAUUGCACGACAAGGAAUGAUCGUGGAGAAGUUGUACAGUGCUUGCUCGACCGCCCUGAAUGCGCGAAUAGGACGAGGCGACAAUGAACGAUUUCUUGAACAAUUUGGCUAUGUCAUUGUCGCCUCUCAACUCUUGAACGAACAUAGUGCCCCCUCAUAUACGUCUGCCGCCGAUGUCGUAUCGGCCUCUCAGCAAACGGAUCUACCUUCUCUAUCGACAACAUUUGGUUUGCACGGUGCUAUCGUCACGGCUGCCACUUCAUUCUCCAUCGCCUGGUUAUUACAUUGGGGCCGCUCGCGGUCAGGAGCUGGAUUUAACCCUAAAAGAGUGGUCGUGCUCUUGGUUCUAGUUCCGGUGCUCGGUAUGCUGUUCUACUCAUUCGCCAAGCGACAGUGGCUCAAGUACUUGCGACAUCAAGCUGUCGAAGCCGCCGGCGCCUUUGUUAGCAACGCCCAAGGAUUUGAUUCGGCUGCUUCGGCAUCGGUGGUUUUCAUCCAGGAAGUGGAGUUGGUAUCAAGGGGUUAUCGGAUAAGCACACCUCUGCCUCCUAUUACCCGACUGGAAGACCAAGUACAGACGCGCCGUUGCAUGAGACUUCGUCGGACAGUUUCCGAAUGCUUCUGGUCCAUGCUUGAACGCUAUGUCCAAUCUCUCAAAACACUGCGCCCACUCACAAAUGAGACUAACCUGGAGAAAUACUACGACAUAUAUGACAUUUCGUUGGAGGGCUUGGAUAUGCUGGAAUUGAAUAUCGCGCAACGGAACUUGGAAGACCAAUACUCCCUACGUUCCUUACGAGAUCUUUUCGGCAAACUAUAUACCGCCAGAAAAGGCGUUCUUUGCUGUCUCCUGGCUCUCAGUGCUGAUGGUGGUGCAUCAGAUGUUGCGCGAUGGAGCUCUGCUGUGGAUGAGAUGCGCCAACUCGCCUCGGUCACCGGCGUUAGCAUGACUAAAAUGGCCAACAUCCUAAACGAAGAGGACCGUGACGCUGCUAUCCCUCCUUCCCCGCUACCGUCUGCAUCUCCUUCUCCAAGCAAGGAACACCUGCGGGCUCAAUACCGCAGACUGAACUCCCUGGGACAGGGAGUCCGUGCCUUGCAUGCGAAAAUGCACAUCGUCAGCGAGGAGGCCAGUGCCAGCCUCGAUAAGAAUGACACUGGGGAUCUCGAAGCAAAUCUCAUGUCGCAGUAUGAAUCGAUCGGGCGUGAUAUACGGUCGCUACUUGAGGAAUGGGAGUCGGGGAAGGCUGCUCUUUUGGCGAACCAAGGUCGCCUCAAUAGUACAGAGCAAUCACGGCCUCCGAGCACUUUUCUACCGUUGUCACCGACUCCUAGCCUUGGGGGUACUACUGCGGUUGAAGGUAGUCCCACAGACGCUCUCAAGGCUCUGAAUGGCGAACUCCGCCCGGAUUUGGCACAUAGCUUCGAGGACGAGGAGAUCUUUGAGGCUGUUGUGCUACCCUCUGCCAAGAACAAGAGAGCGUCUUUGACCAGAGAUGAGCGCCUUGCUCGCGUGCGAGAAGACCGUGCGCGGCAAGCCACAGCCCGUGAGAAGGCGGAUGCUAACACCAACAUGCUCAAGGAGCUGGAGAUGGUCAUCAAGCAACGACCGCGAAACUCCCCUUUAAAAUAUCACCCCUCCCUCUUUGCCACCAUGCUUGAAGCACGAUUGGAACAGGCCAGUACUUUGAAGCGCGUCGUCGACGCCAUCAAGGAUUUGGUCCAGGAUUGCAACUUCGACUGCAAUGAUUCUGGUAUUGCUCUCCAGGCCAUGGACAACUCUCACGUUGCCCUGGUUUCGAUGAUGCUUCGUGCUGAGGGCUUCUCCCCAUACCGCUGCGACCGCAACAUCGCCCUCGGAAUUAACCUGGUCUCCCUGACCAAGGUUCUCCGCGCUGCUCAGAAUGAAGAUAUUCUCACCCUUAAGGCUGACGACUCACCUGAUUCCGUCAACCUUAUGUUCGAGAGCGCAGAGAACGACCGCCUGAGCGAGUAUGAUAUCAAGCUCAUGGACAUUGACCAGGAGCACCUGGCCAUCCCUGAGACCGAAUACGCUGCCACUGUUGAGAUGCCCUCUAUGGAAUUCCAGCGUAUUUGCCGUGACCUCAACGCCCUUUCUGAGUCAGUUGUCAUCGAGGUCAGCAAGGAGGGUGUUAAGUUCUCCUGCCAAGGUGACAUUGGUAACGGCUCCGUUACCAUUCGCCAGCACACCAAUGUCGACAAGCCCGAACAGAACGUCUCCAUCGCCUUGUCCGAACCCGUAGCCCUGACUUUCUCCCUCAAGUACCUUGUCAACUUCUGCAAGGCCUCCAACCUCUCCAGUUCCGUCGCUCUUCAUCUUUCAUCGGAGGUUCCUCUGCUGGUGGAGUAUGGCCUGUCUGGAACUGGCCACUUGCGGUUCUACCUGGCCCCCAAGAUCGGCGAUGAGGACUAA